ACUGAUACUGAUUCUGAAGAUACUAAUGAAAGCAGUAAUGAUGAAAGCUCAAAAUAUGACAAGCUGGAGUAUUUAGAACGAAAAUUGGCAUUAAAAGAAUGUGAACUUGAUUUGUGGAAGAGAAAAGCAAAAGUUCAUUUAAUUGAACUUUCAAAUCUUGAAAAAGAGC